AUGUCAGGAAAUGGGACAGUUGAACCCAAGAAGAGGCAACCCCCUAACCUAGUGGUUCAAAAUUCACUAAAGCUAGAGGGAAACACAGGAGACCCUCUUUCUAAAUGGUUUAGUAAGAGCCUUUGGGACGCAUCAACUCUAUUUACCAUCUCUUGUUUGUUUUCUUCUGCAGAUAGCACAUCUUCAAAGGACCAAUUUGCAGUACGGUGUGCUCUGGAAAAGGCAUUAAGUCGCAGGCCUUUUUCCUAUGAAACUAUGUCUGAUCCAUCAAUUCCCAAGCCUGUCAAGGAUCUGAUGAAAGAAGUUGCAGUACUUGAGCUUGAAAUUGUGUACUUGGAAAGAUAUAUUCUCUCAAUGUAUAGGAAAAAAUUCGAUCAAGAAGUAUCAUCUCUGUCAACUAUGGAUGAGAUGUUGAAAUCCCAUUCAAGCAUGCACAAAGGGAAAUUUCCAGAAGUUCCUGGACAUAGGAUCACAUCAAAGGCAGACAAUUCAGUUAUUCAUUCUAGUCAUCUUAUCUCACCUCUAAAUUCUGUUGAAAAUCAAUCAGAAGACCUUAGUGACAAGUGGGCAAAUCAUGGACUGAUAGAUUCUAGUAUUCACCGCAGCCACUCCUCACUAUCUCACCGUUCAGCUAGAAUCUCUCCUCCCCCGGUCAAAUCUCCGGUUAAUGCAGUAGACUCAUACCAUUCUCUACCUUUGUCAAUGCUAGAGAAAGCUCAGAGCAGUAAUCCUGAUCAUAUUGGGACCUGUACAUGCAAUCAUGGUCUAGAAACACCAAAUGAUCUUUCAGAGGAAAUGAUCAAGUGCAUCUCUGCUAUUUACUGUGAACUUGCAGACCCGCCUUUGAUCAAUUCCGACUACUCCUCUCCUAUUUCAUACUCAUCUUCAGUGAAUGGAUCUCCAGCACAAGGCCAGGGUAACAUGUGGAGUCCACAGUCCAGGAAAUUUUCAUCCUUCAAUUCAAAAUUUGAUAACCCUUUCCACAUUAGAGAGUCCAAUGAGUUCAGUGGACCUUAUUGCAUGAUGGCAAAGGUAGAACGGAUUUGUAGAGAUGGUCAGAAGUUGAGAGAUGUUGAAGAUAAGCUGCAAAAGUUUAGGUCACUCGUUUAUCAGUUGGAACAAGUUGAUACUAGAAAGUUGAAGCAUGAGGAGAAGCUAGCCUUUUGGAUUAAUGUGCACAAUGCACUAGUGAUGCAUGCAUUUUUAGUUUAUAGGAUUCCACAAAGUAGUACAAAAAGAAUGUCUAUCCUACUUAAGGCUGCAUACAAUAUAGGAGGUCACGACAUUAGUGUAGACAUGAUACAGACUUCUAUUCUUGGUUGCCGAUUGCCUCGUCCAGGACAAUGGCUGAGAAUACUAUUUUCUUCAAAAAUGAAAUUCAAGAUUGGAGACGCAAGGAGGGCGUAUGCACUUGAGCACCCUGAACCUCGCUUGUGUUUCGCUCUUUGUUCGGGAAGCUACUCUGAUCCUGUGGUUCGUGUAUACACAUCGAAGAGAGUUUUUGAGGAGCUGGAAACUGCGAAAGAAGAGUACAUUCAAUCAGCUUUUAGUCUACACAAGGAAAAUAAAAUUCUUCUACCAAAGAUUGUGGAGGCUUUUGCAAAGGAUUCAGACCUUUGCCUAUCUAGUUUGGUGGAGAUGGUUGAGCAUUUUAUGCCUGAUUUUUGGAGGAAGAACAUUAGGCAGUGUCAGCAUAAGAAGCUCAUGAAGAACAUUGAAUGGAUCCCUCACAACUUUGCAUUCCGUUAUUUACUUUCAAAGGAAUUAGUCCGACGAUUUCACUCUUCUCCAUUCGGAGAAUGAUCUUGUGGCAGGAAUUAUUAGUUUGAUUUGCAGAUAUUGUCAUAUACUCUCUAGUACUGCCGGUAUGACAGGUUAGAAUGACAGAUGAAUGGCAACUGAUCGUCGAUGCUGAUAUCAUGAAUCAACUCAAGCAGCACUAUCGAGUUGAUUCUUGUACCAUACCAUAUCAUACUUGAGGCGUCAGGGCGGAUCAAUGAUUGUUUAAUAAUCAGUCUUUUCUUGAUAAACAUAGUUAUGAUUUGCUGUCAUUCUAAUCUGUCAUGUGAACCUCAUUUUAGUACAAUAGAGAAGCAUAUAUACGAGACCUUGGUAGAAAUAUCAUUUCUGCUUUGUACAUUUAUUACCUUUAUUGUUGAAGAACUUUGAAAUG